GCUGGAGAAGAGUCUUUCUCUCCAGAUUCACAGACUGCAACAGAGGGAGGGCAUGCCUGCACCAUGGACCAUCAACAGCACUGAUGAUGAUAAUGAUGAGAGAGCGGAGGAGGAAUUGACCGAAUCUAUAGAAGGUCGGGUACAAUCAGCACGCCGGGCUGACACUCACCCCUUUAGACAAAUCCUGUCUGAUGGUACACAGGAUAAUGACCGCACUUUCAGGUAUGUCCUUCUUGUGACAGACACAUCAUCAUAACGUGCAUGUUUUGAACCCAUUUAAUGACCUUCCUUAUAUUAUUUUUCAUGGCAUGAUCUUUUCUUCACGAAUUACAGUGUUGCGAGUCCACGUACCUCCAAAGGCAGAAAGGGCGGUCAGUCAGGCCGUGCACGUACCUAUUCCGAAAUCCCGAAGGCACCAGAAUACAGUAACCUCCCAAAAUCCAAGCAGGCCAUGAACAAGAAACAGCGUGACCGCAUGGCCAGGAAACGUCAACUGCUUGGCUGUAGUAAGGCAAGUCGUGGCCCUGCACAGGAACAGCCGAGAGCAGCCAUCACCAACACAGUCUACCCAGUGGGCCUUCCUCAGCAAUACCCGACUGACAUCGGUGAAGGGACCCCAACACGCCGGUUUGUCAUGUUCAGACUGUGUCGCUGCUGUGCUAAACGGCUUCUUAAGAGAGGCAGCACAAGACAGAGAGAAGAGGAGAGAAUGAGGGAGCUCAGACUACUGGUGGAGGAGAAGAACGUGAUGGAGCUGCAGAGAAGGCUAGACCAGGCUGCAAGGAAAUAUGAGAGCAGACAGAGAGAGGAAUUGCUGCAAGAGGAAGUGCAGGACAAAUGUGAUGCUCAGCUGAGCUGGGGGCUGACAAAGCAAGGGAUGAAGAAGGAAUUUAAGAGGCUCCAAAAGCUGGAGAAGACUCUUUCUCUCCAGAUUCACAGACUGCAACAGAGGGAGGGCAUGCCUGCACCAUGGACCAUCAACAGCACUGAUGAUGAUAAUGAUGAGAGAGCGGAGGAGGAAUUAGUAAGGCUGAUAAAAGAACAGCAGCAAAAAUCUAACACAAAGACAAAUGAGUGCACAGAAACAACAGCUGGUCCACACAAGCUUUGCAGCCAAACUAUUCAGAGAGAAGAAGAGCAAUUGAAAGAUGAAUGCCCUGAUGUAGAGCAAGAGCCACAGAGACAACCCAAUGGAGAGAGCACUAUGAAACAGCAAUUGGAGAAUGCAGUGCAGAGGGCAGAAAAUAAGCAUCAGACCGAAUCUAUGGAAGAUCAGGUACAAUCAGCACGCCGGGCUGACACCCACCCCUUUAGCCAAAUCCUCUCAUUCUCAGCUCACAAAGAUGAUGAACAAAAUGCCAUGAAACAGGGGGAGGCCAGGGAAGACACCACAGAGGACCAAGCAACCCACAACAGCAACAGUCCUUCUGUGGUGCCUAUUUGUCCUUCACUGGGUGCUGAUGCUGACAACCUAUGGCAUGACACAAAUGACCAGGGGACCCUGGAAAAAAGUCCCUCUCUGGUGAACCUCUUGGCCUGCUGUUCAGAUGCCAGUGGUGGUGAAGACGGAGAUGGCAGAUCCGAGACCGCCUCAUUAUCACAGCAUGAAACAGCUGAUGUGGAUUAUGAGAACGUGAAUGACAAGAGUGUGAGGAGGAGGGUCCUUAAAUGGAUCAACAAGAAGGCAAAGGACUACCUCAGCAAGAAGAUCGAAAAGACUUUCAAGAGAGAGGAGGAGGAGGGGGACGAGCUAUAUGCACCAUGGUACUGUACAAAUAUUCAGUGGAGAUCAGAGAGGGAGCAGGAGAAGAGGAAGGCGUUGUUGAGGGCUGAGGAUAUGCGGCAGCGCCUAGAGAGUUUCUUGUUGAAAUGGGAGGCCAAACGGGCCCAGAAGAGGGCUCAAAGGAUGGAGAAAGAGGAGAGCUUUGACAGGGAAACCCAAGACUUGUGGUUCUGUGAGGACCUUCUGUAAAGAGGGAUUGUCAGUGGUGCAUUUGGCUUACUCUGGAGGAUAAAAAGACGAAGAAAAUUUUGAAGGCAGUGGGACGAAAAAAAAACCUUAUCUUUUCUUUUAUUAUUAUGAUUAUUUUUUAUUUUUG